GGGCUGAGGAGCUGCUCAUUUGAAUGAGCGGCUCUGGUGGAGCGAGCUCCUGAACCAGCUGCAGAUGAUGGAAUGUCUGCUGCGCGCCGCAGCUGCAGGUACAGCUCUGUCUCUCUACGAAAUUAGUUAAAACAAGCGACAAGGGCCCGAUACAACAAGAUGUUUUGUACGAAGCUCAAAGAGCUGCAAAUAUCUGGAGAUUGUCCGUUCUCCAGCGGCGCCAAAAAUAACGAGCUGAGAGACUUGGAGGAGCGCUCCACGGACGCCGCGGACGUGCAGCCCAUCUCUACAGAUGUGCACGGGCUGAAAGGUGAAGAUGUGAAGCAUCAGCGGAGCACCAGAGCCAAAGUUAACCUUCAUACACUUGGGGAUAGUAUCCGCAAAUUAGCGUGCCCUGAGUUUCAAAGGCUUCACGCUGCCCUCCUCAGACUGAUGCGGCCGUCAGACCAGAGCACGGAUGCUGCUGAGAGUUCAAUCUGUUGCUCUGAACCGUGCAUCGAGGAGGUGGAACAUUUGGCUGAGAUGAUGGACAAUUAUUCAAUCAAAACAGCAAUAGCCCCAGAAGCCGUACAAGUAGCGCUCGGCCAGCAGCUCUUUGACAUGUGUUAUGAGGAAGAUGGCCACAUUCUGCGCGUGGUGGGGGGAGCUCUUCAUGACUUCCUCAACAGCUUCAACGUCUUGCUGAAGCAGAGCAGUUCGGACCGGGGAGAAGACUGUGCCAACGAGCCGUCCGUGCUGUGCUUGGACAAGGACCCGGGCUUGCUUACGGUCUACUUCUUCAACCCCCGCCCCACUACAAAGCUCUUCUUUCCUGGUGUCAUCAAAGCAGCAGCUGGCGUGCUCUACCAAACCACUGUAGAUGUGCUCCUAGAUGCCCCAAGCGCCAAAGACAGCAUCCUACAAGCUAGCCCUCAACCUAGUCUUCUCUAUACCGUAGUAGUCAAAGAUGCUAAAAGUCUGAGCCCUAGUCCACUACGCGCUACCUCGGCCGGGACACUCCCUACCUCUCUGUUUUCAACCAUCUUCCCCUUCCACCUCAUCCUCGACCAGAACUUGGUGCUGAUGCAGAUCGGGCACGCUCUUCGAAAAAGACUGACCCGGAAGGAUGGACUUCUAAAACGAUCCGCCACCUUUCAAGAACACUUCCUCAUUGUAUCCCCUCAGAUUAAAUGCACCUUCCAAGGCAUCCUCACCAUGCUGAAUACACAGUUUAUCAUUCGGAUCAAGCAUUCUAGUGCAGACAGUACAGGGAAGCUAAUGGACCUCAAGGGUCAGAUGAUCUAUGUAUCCGAGUCCAAUGUCAUUCUGUUCCUGGGCUCUCCAUGUGUGGACAAGCUGGACGACCUGACGGGACGCGGGCUGUACCUCUCCGACAUCCCCAUCCACAAUGCCCUCCGUGAUGUGGUGUUAGUGGGGGAGCAGGCCAAAGCUCAGGAUGGCCUGAAGAAGAGACUGGGGAAGGCCAAGGCGGCUCUGGAGUACGCUCACCAGGCUUUAGAGGAGGAGAAGAAGAAGACGGUGGACCUCUUGUUCUCCAUCUUUCCCCGCACCGUGGCGCAGCAGCUGUGGCAGGGGCAGACCGUCCAGGCCAAAAAGUUUGAUCGAGUUACAAUGCUCUUUUCUGAUAUUGUGGGCUUUACAGCUGUCUGCUCCAUCUGCACUCCAAUGCAAGUUAUCACCAUGUUAAAUGAGCUGUACACCAGGUUUGACCAUCAUUGUGGAGAGCUUGAUGUUUACAAGGUGGAGACCAUUGGGGAUGCCUACUGUGUAGCUGGUGGCUUACAUAAGGAGAGUGAAACACAUGCUGUGCAGAUCGCUCUCAUGGCUUUAAAGAUGAUGGAGCUGUCGGAUGAGGUCAUGACCCCAACUGGGGAAGCAAUACAGAUGCGAAUAGGCCUUCAUAGUGGCUCAGUCUUGGCUGGAGUUGUUGGAGUUAUGAUGCCACGUUACUGCCUUUUUGGAAACAAUGUCACACUGGCCAACAAGUUUGAAUCUUGUAGUCAACCGAGGAAAAUCAACAUAAGUCCUACAACUUACAAUUUGCUGAAGGAUCGUCCAGAGUUUGUCUUCAUUCCCAGGACCAGACAGGAGCUUCCGGCUAACUUCCCACAAGACAUCCCUGGUGUUUGUUACUUUUUGGAAGCGUCUUCUAAAACAUCCAGUCUGCCCCUCACAUAGAGUUCAAGUCAAUGCCAUUUCCCAGGACUAAAACAAGCCAAACAUUGUGUUUUGUGCAAGCAGUGCAAACUUUACAGUUAGGUUUGUCUAGAUCUUGGUGAUAUUGUGUUUUAGACCAGUUUGUGCAAAUGCAUAAAAUAGAGUCAUUUUCCUGUCAGGUAUUGUGUUCCAAACUACAUCUGUACAAUGGUAGUAGAGAGAUGUACUUCUGCUGUUUUUCCAUUGGGUUAUCUUUACAUGAUGUUUGAGACUUUUUGCCGUAUUAACUUUGACAUUUACAAGUGGGAAAGGUUGCAGUUUGAAGCAAAUGUUUUACUAUUGUGUGUGUUUUUAGGAUGACUUGUUGAUAAAAAUCUCCAUGAAGUUGAUGUGAUGAAGAGCUGUUAUUCAAUAUUUUGAUGUUUCUAUAUAUUUUUAUGAAUAUUAUUUUCUGUAAAUAUCUAAUCCUGCACCUUGACCUGUUGAUAUAUAGCACAUUGACAAAGCACAUAUUCAGCUCACCUUUGAAGUGAAGAUUUGUGUCUCCCAUUAAAUGAUGGGAUACAUUUUAGGUGCCUUAUAGAAAGUUCAAAAGCAUACAUUCGUUUUGAAACAUUAGCCUAUAUAAUAUAUUUAUCUUCUCUGAAAAUUAUUUGUAGCCUACACCUGCUUAU